AUGCGAAUUAAGCGUCUACUCAAUCGCUUUGGGACAAUUGAAGCUAUCUUUGAUGCGGAACUUUCCGAAAUUGCGCGGGUGCCACUCUUCAAUCCGCUACUAGCGGUGCGGAUCCUAAAGGCAAGAAUACGGGUUGCUGAAUUCCGCCGCCACAUCAAGUGGUUCAAAAGUCGCGGUAUUGAUAUUCUCUGCGUUGAAGAAGAUGGCUAUCCCUCGCAACUCAGGGAAAUCUCAAACGCUCCGGCAAUCCUUUGUAAAAAAGGGAAUCUAUCUCAAGUUAAUGAAAAAGCUGUCGCUAUUGUCGGUACAACAACCCCUACAGAUUUGGGAAUUUUGGCAACGCUUGAGCUUUCAACACGCCUUACUCAAGCGGGAGUGACGGUCGUUAGUGGACUUGCCGAAGGGAUUGACACCUCUGCACACUUAGGCGUAUUAUACGCCAAUGGUACAACCGUUGGUGUCGUGGGGAGCGAUUUGCUUUCGAUCUAUCCGAACGAAAAGCGGGAGCUUGCCGAUCGGAUCUGUGAGAACGGCGCACUUUUUUCCGAACAUCCAUUUACGACGCAACCAACACCCGCCAAUCUUAUCCGUCGGAAUCGGCUUAUCAGUGGGCUUGCAAUAGCAACAAUUGUUGUUGAAGCGGAGGAGAACGGUGGGGCGGUUAGCACAGCACGCUUCGCCUUAGAACAGGAACGUUUCGUGUGUGCCUAUAAUUGGAAUGACCGUUCUCGAUUAAGUGAGGGACCGCGCAAACUCAUUCAGCAGGGUGCUUACCCUAUCUCGCCGGAUCAGUUGGAUAAGAUCGUUGAUGUUUUAUCGAAUCCCGACCAUCUAGAAAAAAUUCAAGCGGCUCACCUCACAGGGGAACAGAUGGAUCUGUUUUAG